AUGCAUUUUCAAGACGUGUGGUAUGAUGCUGAUGAUUCUUUGAUCAUGGAGAAGAUCAUUUCUGCUUGUCCAGUUCUUGAAGACCUUACAUUUAUAAUGACUUACGAUCAUGAGCAUGAAUUUCAGUUGUCUCUGACUGUUAGGUCUCAGAGUCUGAAAGGUUUCUGGUUCCAGAAUAGUAUAGAUGGUGCAGCUUUUAAGGUUGAGAUUGAUGCUCCACGACUUGAGUGUUUGUGUCUUAUUGAUAGUGUCUCUGAUGUGAUUGUGGUGAAGCAUCUGAGUGCUUUGUUGAAGAUCUACGUUGCUAGUGAUUUCAAUACCGAGUAUGGAGCGAGCUUGGGUCCAGAGGAUGCGAGGAAGAGAUAUAUCAUCAGUGAUUUUCUAGCCAAAGUGUCUAGCGUCAGGCAUAUGACCAUCACUGGGGCUACUCUAUCGGCCCUUUUUCGAUAUUCCGAUUUUGCAACAAUUCCCAUUUUCAAUAGCUUAUAUAUUUUGGAGGCUAGCUUUCAUAGCAGCAAGUUACACUUCUUGCCAGUCUUUCUCAAGAGUUUUCCGAAUAUGAAAACCCUAAUCUUGACGGUUUCGGUUGGAUUAAUUGGUUAUACGGAGCCGGAGCUAAGUGAAUUUACCUAUGUGCCUCCGUGUGUGUCAUCGAGUCUGGAAUGUGUUGAGAUGAAAAAUCUGACAAUUGAGGAAGAGACAUGGAAGAAGCUGGCGAGGUAUUUUCUUGAGAACUCGGCUCUUCUCAAGAAACUCAUUCUGCGUUUCAAAGGUUCUGCUAUCUCCAAACAAGAUUCAGAUAUCUUCAGAGGGCUUCUUACAUUCACAAACCCUUCUCGCAGUUGCCAAAUCUUCAUCUGUUGA